UCCUCUGACGUCAGAAGACCCGCUGAAAUUCAAAGUUAGAAGAAGAGAGCAAACAACGAGAGGACUGUUUCGUGGUUUCUGUUAGUUAAGGUUGUCCCGUGUAACACCUGUACUUUCUUACGGAUAUCUUCUCAGCUCGAUAUGGAAGCAGGUGAGGAAAAUGGCAACAAUAUGGGCUUGAAGAGACAGAGAGCACCGCUGUCGGAUUCAGAGGACAAUAACUGCUCAGCACCAGAGACCAAUGACAGUCAGAAGAGACGCCGUGUGGAAGCGGCCGGUCAGGAGAACCACUGCCCUGAAGCAUCUUCCUCUGGACGCCGAGCAGAGCUUGAAACCAAACCCGACACACCGAUAGUUCCCUCAGUCCGGUCACGAGUUCAACAGCUCACCCAGAGAAGAGAUGGAGGAGCUCCUCCUGCACAGCGCUGCCUCUCGGAUCCAGGCGGGGACAGCAAGGGCCACAAAGAGCCUCUCCUUGGUGAGGCAGAGUUCAAUCAGCGGAUGGAGCGAUUCAAAAUGGCCUCUUUCCAGAGUAGCCCCACCAACACCCCAAGCCCCGCCAACCAAUACCCCCGGACACGCUCCAGCUUUGUAUCAGUCAUCCAACAAAAACUCCAGGGCUCAACUACACCCAGCUCAAAGCAGGUUUCUCGCAUCCGCCAGGAGCGGGAGCAUGAACUGAGUCAGGUGCCGUUUCAGCCCAUCGCUGAGAACGCCUGGCUGAAACGGAGCAGCUCAGAUUCCGCUUUAGCAGAGGAGAGGACUCCUUGUGGCCCUUCAGGUCCCUCCUCCAGUGUUCCUAGAUCAAAAAGGAGAGUGCAGUGGCCUCCCACAUGCCUCUGGGAUGAUCAAGGUGUCGCUGAUGUGAAAGACGGGAGUUUCACUGAACCUCCGACGACAAAUGCAGACAGCGCAUCUCUUAAUAUGACAGGUGAGAUGACAUCCGGUCACUCUGAAGCUCCUGCAGCUUAUUCAGAGACUGGAAUGCAGAAACGGUGUGUUCUCAGUGAAGAACCCAGACAGACGCAAGAAGCUCUGUCUGCUAAUGAAGAAGAGCAGCCAGGUCCCCAACAACCAGAGGGCCAAACUGUGUUAAAGCUUUCUUUUAGCGAGGAUCACAGUUUCUUCAAAGCCCCCUCUGGUGAGGAUCAGAACAUGUCUGACUUAACUGCAUCUAAUGAGCAAAGCUUCUCUGAAUUAACUCUUCCACCUGAGUCAAACGUUAAGGAAACAUCACAGGAGUCCACAGUAAGUGAACAGGGUAGCUCUGACAUGCUGGCCUUUGAAGACGAUGAAAAGAUGGAUAGUUCGUGCUGUAGUGACGGGGAGAUUGAACCAUCGACAGAUGAGGAGUUAAGGAUGUGGCGAUAUCCUCAAAGCACAGUGUGUAUGGAGGAAGAAUCCGCCAUAGAUGAAGUACACGAAACAUGUGUGAAGGACGUGCAAGGGGAAUCAUCCCAAAUGAACAAAGAGAAAACAGAUGAAAAUGAACCCACUGACAUCCAGGAUGAUGGUCCACGUUCUGAUGUCUCUACUAAGACCGCUGGCUGUUCUGAAAUACAAAAAGAUGACAAAUCCAAACCAGAAAGCUGUUUAGAAAACUCAAUGAGAGGGAAGUGUACUUUAGACCGAGACAAAGAGAGCAUGGAGUCAUGUAAAGAAGGUAGUCAGGGUCUACUUACAGCAGAUAGUGAUGUUCUUACAAUAAAACAAGAGCAGGAAGAAAUGGAACUAUGCAGUCACGAUGAUGAUGCAGCUGAACAGUCAAAGGAAACCCAGACAGUCUGUAUAAAAGAAGAGUCAGACAGCACAUGCUCAGAUGGAGGCAAACGAGCAUUGCCUACUUCUUUUGAAAAUGAACAAAAUGAGCAUGCGGGACUAGAGGAAAAUCUAGAAGAUGAGGCACAACCUGUGGUAAAGCCCAAGGGCGCAUUAACAGAGGCUGAUGGAGCUCAGACCUCAGCAGAGAUCCAGCCAUCUGAUCACCUGGAGGUGGGGCAGGAAUCUGUAGAUGAAAGGGUGAAUCUUGACGUUAGUCUGACAGAAGACACUCACAAGCGAGGAGAGAGCUCAAAGAAGGUUUCCUUUAUUCUGGAGCCCGAGUUCAUCAACAGCUCAGGGGUGUCUGACAACAAUACCUCUACAGAAACCGCCCUGUCAGAUACUGAAGUGAGCUUUCGUGAUGAGACCAACACUGGUGAAAUUAUCGAUCAGAUGUUCGAGGAGGUGCUCGAAUAUGCUGAAAGGAUGGAAGGCCCUGAGGAUCACGACAGUGGUAUUGGGGCUUGCUCCGUCGAAAACGAUAAGAUGGAGACGGAGAAGGAAAAAAGUGAAGAAGAGGGAGAGGCCAAAGAGGAGAAGAGUGAUGAGAGUGAUAAGGUUGAUGGCAUCAGGGAUGAGCUGCUCAACUUUCCUCCCACUGGCAUCCUCUCUCCUCUCAGCAAGUCUGUAGAGGCUGUGGUCACCCCACUGCGACUGGCCGCAAGCCAGGAGCCCAUCCCUCCUUUGCUCCUGACGCCAGAUGAAACUAGCGCCCAUCCUGCUGAAUCUGCUCCCCUGUACAGCAUCGAUGCCUACCGCACACAAAGGCAGAGUAAGCUUCCCAUCGUUCAGAGCGUCACUCCGGGGGUUCAGAGACGGGCUGAAGAGACGCCCAAGCCUCAGCCGCCUGUCAACAUCAAGGAGAAAAUAACGGCUCUUAAUGAAGAAGCUGGGAAACUGCAGACUGUGAUUAACCAGACGCUGCAGGCCCUGAACUGCUGUACGGAUGAGGAGCACGGGCGAGGCUCACUGGAGGAGGCCGAAGCCGAGAAACUGCUGCUGGUCUCGUGUGAGAAGCGCUCUGCCCUGCUGGCUGAGGUGGCCAGACUGAAGGAGGAGAGGAGCUCAGAAUCUGGAGAGGCAGCAGUGGAGGACAGUGAAUCUAUUUCCCAGCAGCCCUGCAGAGGCACUGUCAGCAUCACAAACAUCCAGCUGCCGCUCAAGGUGGAAUAUGUCUGCUCCUCACACAACCGUGCAGGUCGACCAAGUCACUACUUUUUUGUUCUUAUCCGCUACGGACCCUGCAACAUCGUCGCCACCCCUCUGGCCACAGCUGCAGAUGCUCAGAACGGAGACACCAUCUCCUUCCCCACAUCUGUCACUAUGAAGGAUAUUCGCUCAUCCUUUGAAAUUGAUGUGGAAGUCUACAGCCUGUCCCAAACCUCAGCCAGUAACUGCACCAUGGAGCGGGCCUCCACCAAGCCACGGGUCACUCCAAGAAAGCUUCUGAACACUCUCACGCAGAGAUCCAGCGUCAGUUCAACAUCUGCUGCUCCUCCUCUCAUCACCCGUCGCUCCAGUAACUUUUGUCUGGUCGGCUCUCAUAAGAUCGCGUUGGCCUCACUGGGACACAGCAAAUUCCCCCUGGACAAGAUGAAACUGGAUGGCAAAGUCAGGAGGCUGCUGGGAGAUGAAUUUCAGGAAAAGGUGCCCUUUCUUUCCCCUCUAGAGGGCAACAUCUACCUGCAGCUGGAGAGCAAGAGCCACUCUGACGUCCAGCACCAAGGCUUCCUGACGAUGUUCGAGUUGAUCAGUGGGUAUGGGGUCUGGCAUCGCCGCUUUUUUGUCCUGGAGGAAUGCAACCUGUACUACUGGAACUAUCCAAAUGACAGAGAAACAAAGGAGGCAGAAGGCAGCAUCUCUCUCUCCAGCUCACAGAGUCAGUGCGUCAGGCCUGUCAAGAGGGAGUUGUGUGCUCGACCUUUCACCUUUGAGCUGGUAAGCAGCGUAUCGCAGCAGGAGCAAGACCUCAGCCAGGAUGCCGCAGCCAAGUGUUGGUUUUCGGCAGACACCAAGCAGGAGAGGCUGGACUGGAUGGAGAAGCUCAACCAGGCUCUUUUGGACUUUCACACGUGGAAUCGAACCCAAACAGAGAGUCAGCAGGCAAACACGUCCAGCAGUGGGAACCUGAGGGAGAGUAUACUGUAACACAUCACUAAGACACCUGCUGGGAUGUGCUUCAGGGUUUACUCUUCAUCUCAGAGUGUUUGCCUCGCUGACAUGUGUCUCGUUGAUUUAUCUUUGGGAGAUUUUUUUUUUUUUCCUUGUAUGUGUUUCUUUUUAACCUGAAUCCAAACACGUUUGUUUGGUUCCCAAGUCACAGCUGUCGGAGUAUUUACAUUUUUUAUAUAUAUAUAUAUCUAUGUUUUUGUGGCAAUCAGCUGCUUCAGCCUCUGCUGGCAAUAAUAUAGGGCACUUUCAGUAUCUGAGAUGACUCUUGCCUUAUACCCUCAUAUAUGUUUCUGCUAUAAUUUGCAUUUAUUUGGAUUCAGAUUGUAUUUUUUGUAUCAUUUAAAUGGGAAGGCUAAAAUUUAUAUAGAGACACUAAUAAAUAUAUACAGGUAUAAAUCUUUAACUGUAGUAAUCUGGGAUUUCGUGUUUGAAAUGGACAGAAACACUAAUAAUUAAAACUGUAGAAUUAAUUUUGGCUGGUGUUGAAUGGGAGUAAGUAAUGUAAAAUCUAUUCUCGGCAGGCGUUCAGACCUCUCUACUGACAGAUAAUCAUCUUGGGAUUUUUCCAAAGAAUUUGUGGAAUUCUAUGGAAUAUCUACAGGAGAUGAAGUCUGUAUAUAAUUAGUUUUAAUAUGAUGUCGUGCUGAAAACCAGGGAUGCACCAACAUAUAUCAUAAUCAAUCAAAUACUGGUAAAUCUGUAAGCAUCUGUAUUGGUCUUGUUCAAAUAUAUCAGCCAAUCUGCCUUUUAGUAAGAGCAGUAGCUGUUGUUUACCCUCCAUAUAUCCAUAUGUUUGGAUACAGUAUGCAUGCAUUUCUCCUCCUGGCACACAAGAGGGAAUAAAUUAAAUGAAUCUAAAUGAUAAAAUGUGUAUAAAUACCCUGAAUGUCAUCAGUUAUCAGCCAUGAAACUGCUAGUCAGUGCAUCUCUGUUUUAUUUCUAAAAGUGUCAGUCUUCUGCAUUACAAGUGCAGAUAAAUAAAAUCACAUUUUACGUGUAUUUCAGCUGGGGAGGCCCCUGACACGCUGCUGCAAUGAAUGCUGUCUGCCUGAUGUUCUGCUAUUGUCCAUCUCUGUCACUUUAUUCUAAAUGUUGAUGAUGUGAACUCUCAUUCUAUGCACUUAAUGGAAGCCAAACGGUAAAAUAAAUGAAGUAUAACUGCUACAAAAGUGUUCUGACUGAUGGGUUUAAAUGAUGCAGACUGGGAUUUUUAAACAAAUGACCAAUUAUUAACAAUAAACACCAUUUUUCCUACU